UGCCUAAUAAGCUGCUGCAGCAAAUUUUCCCGCGGGGCGUGUUUUCGUUGUAUUUUUACGUGAUUAACGAGAGUAUUUGUGAAAUUCUCAGAGAAAUCGAUUGACGCGAUGCCGCCUAAAAAGCGCGAGAAAGAGACCGAGGGUCAAAAAGUACCAAGAAUGGAUCAAAUCCAAGCGGAUCAUGAACUCUUUCUCCAGGCUUUCGAAAAGCCCACACAGAUAUACAGAUUUCUACGUACCAGAAAUCAAAUUUCGCCAAUAUUUCUCUACAGAAAUUUGUCUUAUAUGAGACAACGUAUGUCCAGAAGUCACAAGUCCAGGCGUGCUUUUAGGAUCGACACAAUUUUAGAAGGUUUGAUGUCUAAGAACAAUCAGGGUCAUAACCCUGGUGUACGUGGCUACAUGACGCUGACUUUUUUAGGAUUCUAUGAUAAAAAAGUCGAAAGUUAUCAAGAGCCUGUGAAAGUAGAGACGUUAUUGUUGAAAAUUUGUCAUAAAAAACGAAAAGAUGUCAGUUUACCAAUAAUGCAGGUCUCCGUUGGUACAAGCGAGGUACCAAUUAACCCAUCUGAAGAUCAGCCUCCUCCAAAAGCACCAACCAUUUCAAUACCAAACGAAUCAUUUAGUCUAAGCAACGGUCACAUUGUGAAAACAUACAUGCUUCUUCUUCGGGUCUAUUGUAUGUCAAACAAUAGCUGCCUUAUGUCCAACUGUGAUUUAGAUGAACCUGCCCAAAAGAGACGUAAGUCUGCCACUGGCUCAAUAAAAAAUGGUGGCGAAGAGGUCAAAUUGUAUGGCUCCGAGCUUAUUGUAUAUGACAAACACAACCGUUGUCUAUUAACUGAUGGAGAUUACGAAUUAGGCCUACAAGAGGUACAAACAAAUGUUCGAGCCAGCCCUAAGAAACAUAGUUCCUGGGAAUGUAUUACCGACAUUAAACAGUGUGGCCCUUUUGAGGUGUUCAGUCGUGGUCCCACGUUGAAAUUUAGACUUAGUUGGACCACUGAGCCAAGUAAUGGAUUAGUUGACCGGCCUGUACCUAUUCACCCACUUCCCAAUGGCGACAAUAAAGAAAAUAGGCCAGGAAAUGGUAUGCUCGAGCGUUGUCCAACAAAUCAUAAUAACAAUAACACAACACUGCCAACUUCUAGUCCGUUAAUACCUACAAAAUUAUCUUUACCUGUUGAAAAAAUGGAUACGUCGACUACUCAGCAAAUAGUUUACCAAUUUUUGUACAAUAAUAAUAGUCGACAACAAACUGAGGCUUGCGAAGACCUUCACUGCCCUUGGUGUUCAUUGGACUGUGGAAAAUUGUACUCACUACUAAAACAUCUUAAAUUGUGCCACUCUAGGUUUACAUUUACUUACGUGCCAAUUACACAAGGAGCCAGAAUAGAUGUGGCGAUAAAUGAAUGUUACGAUGGCUCCUACUCUGGCAGCCCACAUGAGUUGAUCUCACAACCAUCCGGAGUGGCGUUUGCUCGGACGGGACCAACGAGGCGCACCAGCGUUACCAAUAUUUUAGUCUGUAGACCAAAACGAACCAAGCCUAGUCUAUCGGAAUUUUUGGAGUUGGACGAAAAUGAUUUUGAAAGUCAGCGUCCUUAUAUCACAGGCCAUAACAGGCUGUAUCAUCAUACGGUUACGUGUUUGCCGAUCUAUCCCAAAGAGAUGGAUGUCGACUCAGAGGGAGAGAAUGACCCACGAUGGUUGCAGACAAAGACUAUGAUGAUGAUAGAUGACUUCACAGAUGUAAACGAGGGUGAGAAGGAACUCAUGAAAAUGUGGAAUCUACAUGUAAUGAAGCACGGUUACGUUGGAGAUUGCCAGAUACCAUUGGCCUGUCAAAUGUUUUUGGAAACAAAGGGUAAAGAGUUGUUGAUGAAAAAUCUCUAUCGCAAUUUCGUGUUGCACAUGUGUAGUUUGUUCGAUUUUGGUCUAGUCAGUCCUGUGAUUUUGUACCAAACAAUUCAAAAAUUGCAAGAAAUAAUGAAGGAAGGCGGUGAGAACGGUGAUGUAAAGAAAAUCUUACAAAAAUCUCAUGAGGCACAAGUAGAACGAUGGGUAACCACUGGUGUGUACGCUUCAAGUUUAGAAGCAACAAAGCCAAGCGGAUCAAGUGCAAAAACCAAUUUCAACAACGAGGUUUCUAAUUCCAAUGCCCGUAGAAAGACAACUCUCCCAUUAGGAUCCCCGCCAAAUCCUCAGAGCGGCAAAAUAACUGUUACCAUACACAAUAAUGCUAGCAAACACGCUAGUACAGACAUAUAUUAACCGUAAACAUGCUUGACUAUUCCAUUGAACAGUUGUCAAGAAAUUUCAUCAACCAACAGUUCCAUACAUUUUAGACAUGAGCAUGUGACUAUUGAGAUUUUUUUUCUCAUUGUGUAUUGUAAAAAAUUUUUUAAAUAUCAAUUAUCAAAUGUAAGACUCUUUCAACUGCUGGGUCCAGACAUAUCGCACUACACAGGUCUCUGCUGUAGAAAUUCAUAUUUGUAGGUUUCGUUUUGUAGAAAGAUUAAUGAUCGUUAAAGUCUGAUGUAGUUCUAACUUGACGUACCUCAGCCACACCCUUUAGCGCACUGCCAUUCUAGCCCAGCAGUUCAGGGGUAGAAUAAUGCACAAGGAAAAUGAAACUGCCUGUGAAAUUUUAGGCGAAACUUCACUGUCCGUAUGGAUUGUCAUUGGUUAAGAAGUGCUUAGAACUAUGCGAAUGUUACCUAACCUAAACUUUGAUAUAUUUUCGGGUAAGGGACUCCAUAUUAAAAAAAAUUGCAUAAAUGAAUUUGAUCUCAUAGAUUCGAAAAACAAAUAUACUCAAGUGGUUUUUCUAGAUGGUGUAACGAUGCUAGUUCUCCCAGCAACCCACACUUCUUAACAGUUGUAUUACAUGAGAGAUAUGAUUGUUUCUACUAUUACUAUAUUGUUUACAAUGAAAUAACGAAGCGCGAUUACAUUAUUCAAGUGUAAAUGGAGAAAAAGUAAAUGUUAUUUUAGCAAUA